GAAAUUAAGCUUGGUGGGUCUGGUUGAGAAAUCUUUUAUCCUUUUGUCAGGAAAUCCGACUUAUUGAUUAUGAGAAAAUGGUGGAUCACAGAGGAAUCCGGGUUGUGGCGUUCGGACAGUGGGCCGGUGUGGCAGGGAUGAUCAACAUUUUGCACGGAAUGGGUUUAAGGCUCCUUGCUUUGGGACAUCACACACCUUUUAUGCACAUUGGCAUGGCUCAUAACUAUAGGAACAGCAGCCAGGCUGUGCAAGCUGUCCGUGAUGCUGGCUAUGAAAUAUCUCUGGGUUUGAUGCCCAAGUCGAUAGGGCCCCUAACAUUUGUGUUCACAGGGACUGGUAAUGUAUCGAAGGGGGCCCAAGAAAUCUUCAAUGAACUGCCCUGUGAAUACGUAGAACCACAUGAAUUAAAAGAGGUUUCCCAAACUGGAGACCUGAGGAAAGUGUAUGGAACGGUGAUAAGUCGCCAUCAUCACCUCGUCAGGAAGACAGAUGGUGUAUAUGACCCUGUGGAAUAUGACAAAUACCCUGAGCGCUACAGAAGUCGUUUUAAUACCGAUAUUGCACCCUUCACAUCUUGCCUUGUUAACGGAAUCUAUUGGGAACAAAACAGCCCGCGUCUACUCACCCGCCAAGAUCUUCGGAGUCUCCUGGCUCCAGGCAAGUCCCCUGUUGGUGGUGUGGAAGGCUGCCCUGCAUUGUCACACAAACUUGUAGCGAUAUGUGACAUUUCUGCAGACCCAGGAGGAUCUAUAGAGUUUAUGACUGAGUGCACGACAAUAGAGCAUCCCUUCUGCAUGUAUGAUGCAGACCAGCAUAUGCUUCAUGACAGUGUUGAAGGUUCUGGGAUUCUGAUGUGUUCCAUUGACAAUUUGCCCGCGCAGCUUCCAAAAGAAGCUACAGAGUGCUUUGGCGACAUGCUUUAUCCUUAUGUUGAAGAAAUGAUAUUAUCAGAUGCAACACAGCCUCUUGAAAGUCAGAAUUUUUCUCCUGUGGUGAGAGAUGCAGUGAUUACAUCCAACGGUAUUUUGACUGAUAAGUAUAAAUAUAUCCAGAAACUCCGAGAGAGCAGGGAACGUGCUCAGUCACUUUCAAUGGGCACCAAGAGAAAGGUCUUGGUCCUUGGAACUGGUUAUGUAUCUGAGCCUGUAUUGGAAUACCUGUCAAGAGAUAACAACAUAGAAAUAACAGUAGGCUCUGACCUAAGGAAUCAAAUUGAGCAGUUAGGCAAGAAAUAUAAUAUCAAUCCUGUUAUCAUGGACAUCAGUAAACAGGAAGAGAAGUUGGCCUCCUUGGUGGCAAAACAGCAUCUUGUCAUCAGCUUGUUGCCUUACGUAUUGCAUCCUCUUGUGGCCAAGGCAUGCAUCAAAAGCAAAGUUAACAUGGUCACGGCAAGCUACAUCACACCAGCACUAAAGGAAUUAGAAAAGAGUGUGGACGAUGCUGGCAUCACAGUCAUUGGUGAACUGGGAUUGGACCCUGGUCUUGAUCACAUGCUGGCAAUGGAAACGAUAGAUAAGGCCAAAGAAGUGGGAGCCACAAUCGAGUCUUACAUUUCCUACUGUGGUGGGCUUCCAGCCCCCGAACAUUCAGACAAUCCUUUGAGGUACAAGUUCAGCUGGAGUCCCGUGGGGGUUUUGAUGAACAUAAUGCAGUCCGCCACCUACCUGCUCAAUGGAAAGGUGGUGAAUGCCGAAGGGGGCGUCGCCUUUCUGGACGCGGUGACUCCCAUGGAUUACUACCCCGGGUUAAAUUUGGAAGGCUAUCCUAACAGAGACAGCACCAAAUACGCUGAAAUUUAUGGCAUUUCGUCUGCUCACACUUUGUUGCGGGGGACGCUGAGAUACAAGGGAUAUGCCAAAGCCUUGAACGGACUGGUGAAACUGGGUCUUAUAAACAGAGACGCCUUUCCCGCGCUUCGACCCGAGGCCAAGCCUCUCACCUGGAAAGAGCUCCUGUGUGAUCUAGUUGGGAUUCCGCCCUCCUCCACGCAGGACGCGCUUAAGGAAGCUGUCUUGAAGAAGCUAGGGGGAGACAGCACCCAGCUGGAGGCUGCUGAACGGUUGGGCUUACUUGGGGAUGAACAAGUCCCUCGGGCAGAGUCUGUUGUGGAUGCACUUUCCAAGUAUUUGGCCAUGAAACUUUCCUACGGUCCUGGAGAGAAAGAUAUGAUUGUGAUGAGAGACAGCUUUGGAAUCAGACAUCCUUCUGGGCAUUUAGAAAAUAAAACUAUUGAUCUUGUGGUUUAUGGAGACAUCAAUGGCUUUUCAGCCAUGGCUAAAACUGUGGGGUUCCCCACCGCGAUGGCAGCCAAGAUGUUGCUAGAUGGUGAAAUUCAUGCUAAAGGCCUAAUUGGACCCUUUUCAAAGGAGAUCUAUGGACCAAUAUUGGAGCGAAUUAAAGCAGAAGGCAUCAUCUAUACAACACAGAGCACAAUCAAACCUUAAUUGAGAAUUAUAUUUUACUUUUAUCUUCCCAAGCAAUACAGCUCUGAACAUUUGUGCAACAAACAUGUUUGCUACAGUACUAUUUUACAUAUAUUUUGAUUGUCAUUACAAUGAUGUUUUUGAAAUAUAAAUCUCUAUUUUCUUAUGCAAAUAUUUGGAACAGGAUAUGCCAGUAAUUACCAGAGAACUUUAAUAAUUCUAUCAUGUAUUUUUUCACAUGUGUGUAAAAGUGAUGAUGAUUGUAUUAUUUGUUAAUUUAUUGUGCAACUGUUUUCCUACAAGAAUAUAUUUUCCUAUAUUCAGCAGACGAAGUUUCAUCUUUUUAGAUAGAAAAUAUUUCCUCAACAUCACAGAAAUGCAAAGGAUCCUAAAAGACUACUACAAUGAUAUGCCAACAAAUUGAAAAACCUAGAAAAAAUGGAUAAAUUUUUGGAAACAUACACCUUUCAAGACUGAGUCAUGAAGAAAUAGAAAAUCUGAGUAGACCAAUUAUAGGUAAUAAAAUUGAAUCAGUAAAUUAAAAACUUCCCCCAAAGUCCAGGAUCUGAUGACUUCCCAGGUGAAUUCUACCAAACAUUUAAGAAGCAUUAACACUUAUCUUUCUCAAAUCAUUCCAAGAAAUUGGAGAGGAAGGAACACUUCCAAACUCAUAGGAAUAGAUUGAGAGUCCAGAAAUAACUCUCACAUUCAUGGUCAAUAGAUUAUUGAAAAGGUUACUAAGACAAUUUACUAGAGAAAAAUAGUGUUUUUAUAUAUUGGUGCUGGAACAACUGAAUAGCUACAUGCUUAGAAAUGAAGUUGGACCCUUACCUCACAGCACAUAUAAAAAUUAAGUCAAAGCGAACCAAGGGCCUAAAUAUAAGAGCAAACACAAUAAAACUAUUAGGAAAAAUUAUAGGCAUAAAUUUUCAUGACCUUGGUUUUUUUAUGGCAAUAAUUUCUUAAAUAAAUGAAACCAAAAGCACAAGAAACAAAAGGAAAAGAAAAUUGGACAUCAUCAGAAUAAAAAAACCUUUGUGCUUCCAAGGGUACCAUUGAAAAAGCAAAAUGACAAUUCACAGAAUGAAAGAAAAUGUUUGCAAAUCAUAUAUCAGGUCAGGGAGGAACUUGUAUUUAGAAUACAUAAAGAACUACUAUAACCCAAUAAAAAGACAAAGAUCCCAAAGUAAAGAAAUGGACAAAGGAUCUGAAUUGACAGUUCUCCAAAGAUAAACAAAAGGCUAUCAGCACAUA